AUGAUAAGAUUGAUAAGCACUCACAAGACUGGAGAAAACCACGGGGCUUCUGGACAACAUGCAGUAAGUUUUACAGCUGAUACAAGUUACUUGGAUUGGAAUACAAAAUUUCCAGCAAUAACCGUUUGCGAGGAUGCCAAUGGAGAAAAUCAAUGGGAUUUGAUCGACAGGGCUUUUGGAAGCGAAAGAGACACAACUUUUGAUAAUUAUUUGGCCUAUAUAGCAUAUUUUACUGGAAACUGCAUCGCAUGUUUGAGAACUUGUGAUACAUACAAUUGUUCGCAAGAUUUUAGAGGAAUAACAAAGAAGGUGCUCAAUCUGAUUCGUGCAAAUUGCGCAAUGAUGUUCGAGUAUUGUUCUUGGAAUGGAGUAGAGUUUUCAUGUUGCGAUAAAUUUUUGCCUUUGGAAACCGAAUUUGGGAUAUGUUACGCCAUUAAUUCGGUUCAUACCAGAAACAAUGACAAUCUACUAAUGUCCAAUCGUUCAAGUGGUCCAGGAAGAUUAGUUUUUCGCACAAAAGAUGAUAUUAAAGUAUUUUUCCAUGCUCCCGAAGACGUUCCAUUUUAUAACAUUGACAGUGAUUUUAAGGAAUUAGUAUUCUGGGGUUCAAAAGUUACCAAAAUUUUCACGGUGAUCGAAAUCGACAACGACCCAGCUCUUCUGGGUCUACCAGUUGACCGCCGGGGUUGCAGAUUUCCUGAUGAAGACACAAAUUCCUUGAAGGCUUAUCAAUAUUACAGUCACAGUGUCUGCAUGGUCCAAUGUAGAUUGGAGGAACAACUUCAAUUGUGCAACUGUACACAUCAUUUGAUGCCAGAAGUCUAUGCGGAAUUCUACUGUGAUCUCAAGGGUUUGACAUGUUUAACAGAAAAUGAAGAUAAAUUGCUUGGAGUAAAAUGUGAUUGUGAACCGUCGUGCACUGAAUCUGAUUAUAACAUUAUACAUAGCUACCAUGAAUCUUCUGAGGAAAUUGAAGGAAUAGAAGUUGAAAUAAAAUUACAAGCCUUACCUACAUUACGUUAUGCAAGAAAAAUUGUCAGAACAACUUUGGAUCUUGUUGGUAAAAAAAUAUACUAUAUACUAUAUUAUAAAAAAUAUACUAUAUUAUCUAUUGGAGGAAUAAUUAGCUUGUUUUUCGGAGCAUCAGUUUUGAGCCUGUUGGAGUGUUGCUACUUUUUAUUCUUCAGAAAAUGGUGA